GCCGAAGGAGCGGUGCGGGGCGCGGAGCGGUGCGCAGAGAUGGGGCCGUGCGGGGCCCUGGGCCUGGCGCUGCUGCUGCUCGGCGCCGCGUGCGGGGCAGCGGGCGAGCCGCACUCCCUGCGGUACUUUGACACCGCGAUGACGGAUCCCGGCACCGGGCUGCCCUGGUUCGUGGUUGUGGGGUACGUGGACGGCGAGAUCUUCGUGCACUAUGACAGCACCGCGCGGAGGUUCGUGCCCCGCACCGAGUGGAUGGCGGCCAACAUGGACCAGCAGUACUGGGACGGACAGACGGAGAUCGGACAGAGCGCUGAGCAGACUGACCGCUGGAACCUGGACAAUGUACCGAAACGCUUCAACCAGAGCGGCGGGUCUCACACACGGCAGCGGAUGUACGGUUGUGACAUUCUUGAGGACAACACCACCCGGGGGUAUUAUCAGAAUGCCUAUGAUGGGAGAGACUUCAUCGCCUUCGACAAAGACAGGAUGACGUUCAUUGCGGCAGUUCCAGAGGCAGUUCCCACCAAGAGGAAAUGGGAGGAAGUGAGUGAAGCUGAGAGGUGGAAGAAUUACCUGGAGGAAAUCUGUGUGGAGUGGCUGCGGAGAUACGUGGAGCACGGGAAGGCAGAGCUGGGCAGGAGAGAGCGGCCCGAGGUGCGAGUGUGGGGGAAGGAGGCCGACGGGGUGCUGACCUUGUCCUGCCGCGCUCACGGCUUCUACCCGCGGCCCAUCGUCGUCGAGUGGAUGAAGGACGGCGCAGUGCAGCACCAGGACACCCACACGGGGGGCGUCGCGCCCAACAGCGAUGGCACCUACCACACCUGGGUCACCAUCGAUGCGCGGCCGGAGGACAGGGACAAGUACCAGUGCCGCGUGCAGCACAACAGCCUGCAGGAACCCGGCCUCUACUCGUGGGAGCCGUCAGAGUCCAACCUGGUCGCCAUCGUGGUGGGGGUGAUUGUUGCCAUUGUGGCCAUCGCGGCUGUUGUUGGAUUCGCCAUCUACAGAAGCCGUGCAGGGAAGAAAGAGAAGGGCUACAGCAUUGCUUCUGCAAAGGAUGGUGGAUCCAACGGCUCAGCCACAGGGAGCGACUGCCCCGUCAUCUGAGUGCUGUGCUUCAGCCUGCAAGGGGAAGGCUGUCCCCACCAGCGUUUGGGUUGGUGGUGGACACAGCCCCAUCCUCUCAACCUCACACCUCCCCCUCUGCUUUCAAUGCUGACUGUUAGCUUUGCUUGCACUGCUUCCUGUGAAAUAAACUGAUGAGCGUUCUGUGCUCA